UUUAGAUAGUUGUUCUGUCGUCCCCCCCUGUUGGAAAUUGCAGCCUUACUUGAUGGACAUAUCAAAUUUGAAAGUGGAAGCACUGCAGCGAGCCAGGUCAGGAUUUCAACUACUGAGCUAUAUAAGAAUUACUACAUAGCUCAGUGAUUUCAACGGGGAACAAUCAAAACAUCCAAUAUAGACUAGAAGAUUUGCAGCCAGGAUCAUUUCUAAAGUGAAAAGACACGCAUGAUGUAUAAAGGAAGGUUUUAUAGGCAGGGUACAAUCGUAGCGUUUGAAGAGGAUGCGACACACGAGUUCAAGGGUCAUCGGAAUCUAGCAGUGGAGGAAUUACCUCCAUGGUGUUACAUACCUGGCACUGAUAGACGCUCAAGAAGAGCUGUUUCUAGGGCAAUCAAUGCAUUUCUAAACACGGGUAAAGGCGGCAUAGUUUAUUUGGGUAUCACUGAUGAAGGUAGUGUCAAAGGAAUAAGACUUUCACAAUAUCAGAAAGACCAUGUCUUGGUAUCAAUGAAUGACCUCAUGGGUCGAUAUCAACCAAAGGUUGACUCUGAGCGAUUCAGUAUUGAGUUUGUACCUGUGAUACCAAAUGUAGAUAGUCAUCCAUCAGCACACAUGGACUCAUUGAAAAGCGAAGACCAUGGUAGAUUAACGCCUCAUUUGCUACGGACACCUGAAUUUUGUUGGUGUGAUAAGGAUGCUGUUGCUCAGUUCACACUUGGCAUUGAACAGCCAGACUAUGUGAUAGAAAUCACCAUUCAUCCUUACAAAGAUAAACUAACAGAGAUCUGGGAUAACAGGUUUCGACUGGAUUUGCAUCCUGUUUAUCAGGAUGAGGAGGGAAAUUGUUAUUUUAGAAGACAAGCAAGUCUUGUUCAGUACAAGCAUGCAGAUAUUUAUGAACUUACUAAAGAAGAAGUUAAGCAGUACUAUGAAGUUGUCAUAAGCAAAAUGAAAAGAGAAAUCCAAGAAGCUAAUGGUCUGUUAAAAAAGCCAACAACUAUGAACAGACUUUCAAUGAACUCCUUCACGCUUGGCUGAAAUGUUUGGAAAGCUUUCCAAAGUCAGGAAAUGAAAGAUGCCCAUGCAUGGCAAGAUGAAAAGUCUAUUUGAAUCAAAGGUUGUAAUGAACAGUCACCUAGAAUCUGAAGCUUUGCCAAUCUGUAAAUCAUUGUCCUUCCAUGAAUGAACAAUGUUAUAUCUUGAGCGAUUUAAAAUAGCAUCUGCCUCCAACAAAGUUUUUAUGUAGGAAGUUAUCUUAAUUUUUAUGUAUAAUAUUUGUGUUGUAUAAUUUAGAAUAAAGAGUAUAAA